CGCCGGUUACUCACACUGACAGCAGAGCCGGUUUGCUCUUAUUCACACACCCAUUAAUUCUCACUCAGAGCCGUUAAUCUUCUGACAAAGAUCUGCAGUAGUCCACACAGAGAACUGAAGCACUGCUAUUCAGCCUUCUAAUACGCUAAAUAAAUUCCAGGAGACAGAACUACUGAAACCUUGUCCUUUCAUCAUGGUGUUGUUUGAAGAUCUCGAAUGUGGAGUCUGUUACCUGCGUUACUCUCGCAUCGACCGCGUUCCCAGAAUGCUCCACUGUAACCACACGUUCUGCACUCCCUGUCUGGAGACCAUGGGCCUGCAUUACAGCGGCUUGUGUUCCGUUCGAUGCCCCCUCUGUCGACAGGUCACUUGUGUGGACCGUGGACUCAGCUUGCAGGGAGCUCUUUUUGUCAAUUCACAACUGUGGGAGAACAUAAGUGAAGAGCAGAAGGACGAAGAAGAGGAGAAGAAGGAGGAAAAGAGGAAUGAGGGGAAAAGAGUUGCUUUUCAGCUCCCGCCCUCAUCACAGGCUGAAUGUCCAGUGCCAAAACAAAACAGACCCAAACUCAGACUCCCAACUUUCCUGAAGAGAAUGAGUUUUACCAGGAACCCGGAAGAGAGGAUUGUUCCCACCUGCAAUGUAGAAAUGAUGUCAUGGCGGAGGAUUUCAUCAGAAGGGAUUUUCUGAAAAGCGGGACAGCCACCAAUAACAAUGGAUUAUCAAUGUUAACAAUAGACUUUCACCGUCUGUUUUGCUGCUGUCAUUAAAAGUGUGCGCCAUAUGUUGAUUACUUCUGCUGUGCCGAAAAGGCAGGAGCAAUAGCCCGUCCUGGACGCAAACACAAUUCCCCUCCAUGUGGUUCUCCAACUGUAUUUUCCGCUUGAAUGACCAUAAAUUUGAAUCCCGUUUCUCCAUCUGAGGGGAGCGUCUCAUUACAUAUUCCACUCUUAAUCCAUCCCAGCUGCCAUGACCGGAUUUGUUUCAGCUGUCCCAAGAGAGAAAGAGGGGGUCCCAGAUGCUAAACAGGACUUUGGGAACAGAUGGCCUAUCUUGAAAGAUUCUGAUCACCCACCCGUCAAUUUUAUUUUAAGUUAUUUCAUGCUUUGUUAUUUAUAAGAUGUUUAAAUUAUUGUAAAUUAAAAAAAGACAUCUGAUUGGUACAUUUUGUUGGUGUUUUUCUCCCUGCACCCAUGAUGAGGUCUUCUUUGACAAAGUUACGCAGCCAUAUUGUUUUAGAGGUCUUCUAAGACACAUUUCUGAGAUUGAUGAAACCGGUUUGGAACAAGUGGAGGGUGAGUAAAUGAUGGCAGAACUUUCAUUUUUGGGUGAACUAUCACUUUUUAAACAUAACAUUCUCAAGAAAAUAUUUCAUGAAUGGAAAUUUAAUGAGACAACAAAACAAUGAAAUUAAAAAAAAAAAAAAGUUUUUAAAUGACAUGUAAAAAUGUAAAAUCAGGCCAGGUUAAAAAUCCUAAUGUUAUUUUU